CUGCAACCUGGCAACGCUGCUUGUGAAUAGACACGUUGAAAACGCUGAAUGUUGUUCGUAUAUUGUUCAAUAAAUAUAUAAUUGUAACAAUGGCAAAGUCGAAUCGAAACAACGUUCUCAAUUUUCAUCAGAUGGAGUUAGAUGACCGAAUUCUGAAGGGAAUUGCAAAGCUUGGGUGGAUAUUUCCCACAUUGAUUCAAGAGAAAGCUAUUCCUUUAUUAUUAGAAGGAAAAGAUGUGUUGGUUCGUGCCCGCACUGGUUCGGGUAAAACAGCAGCCUUUUCAAUUCCUGUCAUUCAGAGAGUACUUGACCAAAAACAAGAUGCAAAAGAGCAACAAACAACAGUGGUCAUUUUAGCACCGAGUAAGGAUCUUUGUCAUCAGAUUACGAAGGUCAUUGACGAUCUGACAAUUAAGUGCGGUCGAUUGUUUAGAUGCGUUGAUAUCUCCACCCGAGUGGAAAGAGCAGCUUUAAAGCACUUAUUAGCAGAUCGUCCCGAUAUUGUAAUUUCGACACCUGCCAAACUCCUUAGUCAAUUACAAGAUGGAAUAAUGAACGUGAAGCAAAGCUUGCGAACGUUAAUAAUUGAUGAGGCGGAUUUGAUGUUUUCUUUUGGAUUUGAACAUGAUUUAAAAGCAAUUCUUAAUUUUUUACCCACUGUUCACCAAUCGGUGCUUGCUUCUGCUACUUUAGAGGAAGACGUACUUGAUUUGAAAAAGAUAAUUUUACACAAUCCAGUAAUUUUGAAAUUAGAAGAACCAGACAUGGCUCCCGCAACACAGCUGUCCCAUUUUCAAAUUCUGGCUGAAGAAAUUGAUAAGGCGGCGAUUUUAUACACUCUGUUCAAGUUGCAGCUUAUCAAAGGAAAGAGUAUUAUUUUCGUCAAUUCUAUCGAUCGGUGCUACAGAUUGAAACUGUUUUUGGAACAAUUCAACAUACGGUCCUGCAUAUUGAACUCUCAAUUACCAACUAAAAUAAGGUGUCACACUGUUAAUCAAUUCAAUCAGGGUUUAUAUGAUAUUAUUAUUGCCUCUGACGAAUUACACGUUCUGGAUCCGAUGGUUCAUCAGAAAAGGGGACAGAAAAAGAAGAUUCUCAAACAAAUAGAAAAACAAUCUGUAUCAGAAGUUGGUGUUUCUCGUGGAAUCGAUUUUCAGUUUGUAUCGAAUGUGAUCAACUUUGAUUUUCCGAAAGACAUAACCUCUUAUAUACAUCGUGCGGGAAGAACUGCUCGAGGAAAUAACACUGGUAGCGUACUGUCUUUCGUUGAUGUAGGUGAAAAAGAGCAUAUGGAUCAUGUAGAAGAGCAUUUAAAAUCAACUUACAAUUCUGAAGGAUUUAUUAUUAAGAAUUAUCAGUUCAAAAUGGAUGAGGUUGAACCCUUCCGUUAUCGAGCAAGAGAUGCUUGGAGGGCGGUCACUAAAUUUUCCAUUCGAGAAGCAAGAAUUAAGGAAAUUAAGACCGAAAUGUUCAACUCGGACAAACUGAAGAGUUUCUUUGAUGAAAAUCCAAACGAUCUUCAAGCUUUGAGACACGAUCGUACUUUGCAUACAGUCAAGAUGCAGGAGCAUUUAGGCGAUAUUCCAGAAUACAUAAUUCCAGAUUCUCUGAAGCAUGUUAUUGGUAUCACGAAUAGAGAAAAAAAGAGUUAUGUGCCAAAAAAACGAAAUAAGGACGAUAAAUACGAGAAUCCGCUUAUGGUUGAAGGAAUCGAUUACAGAAAGAAGAGACGUGUUUAAUAAAAUGUUUUAUAUUUGCAA